AUGGGGCUACUGGGCGGGGAAGAUUGGAUCUCUACAAUCAUCAUCCAUCUCCGAAGGAAAAUAAGAGCGAGAGUGGCGGUGUCAGACUCAUAUUCUUAUAGCGCCGAACACAAUGGCUCGAAAUCGCCUUUCCCCAUAUUCUACGCCCUGCGGAGCGGAUCUAGCGCGAGGGCGUUAAGUGGCGAGGCAGCUGACGCGGACCAAAUUAUUUCUUCCGGGAGCCCCUUUUAUUCCCAAAUCAAAGUCAAUACCCAAACGCCGCCGCCGGCUUUAUUUUAUGUCCAUCAGUCGAGCAAUAAUUCUACUGCGGAUGUGAGUCUAGCAGAUUCUCUACCUGAUAAACCUAAAAUCGAACCAGCAUGGAGACCGACACCUUCUACAGAUCGAACAAAUUUAAUUCAGCAUUAUCUGAAAUUGUCCAAGGUCAGACUAACAGCACUUGUUGUGGUCACCUCAAUGGCAGGAUAUGCUGUAGCUCCUGCUCCCUUCGAGUGGACUACUUUUGCUUUAAGCAUUGCAGGCACAGGUCUGCUCUCUGGUGCAGCUAAUGCCGUUAACCAAUUUCACGAAGUACCUUUCGAUGCACAGAUGUCCAGAACAAAGCAUAGAGUUUUAGUUUGUGGACGACUAACACCUCUCCAUUCAAUUUUAUUUGCCUGCGCUGCUAGUGCAAGUGGACUUAGUAUACUUUAUUAUGGUGUGAAUGGACUUACUGCUUUAUUAGGAUUUGCAAAUCUAUUUAUUUAUACUUCAAUUUACACACCAUUAAAAAGAAUUAGCAUUCUAAAUACUUGGGUUGGUUCAAUAGUAGGUGCAAUACCCCCUUUAAUGGGCUGGGCUGCGUGUGCAAAUUCUCUAGGUCCAGGUGCUUUUCUUAUGGCCGCCCUAUUGUAUAGCUGGCAAUUUCCUCAUUUUAAUGCGUUAUCAUGGAAUCUACGUUCAGACUAUUCCAGAGCAGGUUACAGGAUGAUGGCCGUAACAGAUCCCGCUUUGUGCAGACGUGUAGCUUUAAGACAUACUGUUGCCAUUCAGUGUUUAAGUUGUUUAGCGCCAAUAUUAGAUGUGACUAAUUGGUGGUUUUUAUUGGAGUGUACUCCAUUAAACCUGUAUUUUAUUUACUUAGGAUAUCAAUUUUACAAAGAUUCUUCGAGUGCAUCAUCUAGAAAAUUAUUUAGGUACUCUUUAAUACAUUUACCACUUCUCAUGAUACUUUUCCUUCUAAACAAGGAAAAAUGGUACGUAUUUAAGGACGAUUAUGAAAAGGAAACAAAUAAUAAAUUUGUACAUAAUGUAUCAUAAAAUAAAACCAUACAAAUUGUAUUUUAAAAA